AAACAGCAGAUCGCCGUAUCAUGCUGGUUAUCCUGCUCAUCCAUAGUUGUGUACUUCUAUUUCACUGAUGUUGUAGCUUAAUUUAGCAAAUAUUCACAUUAAAUCUAUCAAAUCAUCUUACCCUCUAAGCAUAAGAAUGGGUAAGAAGGACAAAAGUGACCGGGAUAAGAAGUCUAAAAAGCGUGUGUAUGAUGAAGAAGAUGAUGAAGAUGAUUUUGGAGGCAAUGAGUCACAGGAGGCUGUACCUGCUGCAGCUGGGAAACAGGUGGAUGAAUCGGGCACUAAAGUGGAUGAGUACGGAGCCAAAGACUACCGCACCGAGAUGCUACUGAAGAAUGACCAUUCCUCACGACCGCUCUGGGUGGCUCCUGAUGGACACAUUUUUCUUGAAGCUUUCUCACCAGUCUACAAGUACGCUCAGGAUUUCUUGGUGGCCAUAGCUGAGCCUGUGUGUCGACCAAACCACAUCCAUGAGUACAAGCUGACUGCCUACUCCUUGUACGCAGCUGUCAGUGUGGGCCUUCAGACAUCAGACAUUGUGGAGUAUCUACAAAAACUCAGCAAGACGUCUGUCCCUGAUGGAAUAAUACAGUUUAUAAAACUCUGCACUGUGAGUUAUGGUAAAGUCAAGCUGGUUCUGAAGCACAAUAGAUACUUUGUUGAGAGUGCCUUCCCUGAUGUGAUCCAGCGUUUGCUACAGGACAGUGUGGUCCGUGAGUGUCGACUUCGCAAUGCAGAUGGAGGGGACACUGAGCUUAUUACUGAAGUCAUCCACAGUAAAUCAGCGAUAUCCAAGACACAGGACAAAGGAGGUGCCUCUACAUCACAGGCUGCUGAUGGUUCAACUGAGCAAGUUCCUGAAGACAUUUUUAGUUACUAUGAGCAAAUGGACAAAGAUGAGGAGGAAGAAGAAGAGACUCAAACAGUGUCAUUUGAAAUUAGACAAGAGAUGAUUGAGGAGCUUCAGAAGCGUUGCAUUAAUUUGGAGUACCCUCUGCUAGCGGAGUAUGACUUUCGUAAUGAUUCAGUCAACCCAGACAUCAACAUUGACUUAAAGGCCACUGCAGUGUUGAGGCCUUAUCAAGAAAAAAGCCUGCGCAAGAUGUUUGGAAAUGGGCGUGCACGCUCAGGAGUCAUUGUACUUCCCUGUGGUGCUGGUAAAUCUCUGGUAGGUGUAACAGCUGCAUGCACUGUACGGAAACGCUGUCUUGUUUUGGGUAACUCCUCAGUCUCAGUGGAGCAGUGGAAAGCCCAGUUCAAGAUGUGGUCCACGAUUGACGACUCUCAAAUCUGUCGCUUCACUUCAGAUGCUAAAGACAAACCCAUUGGCUGCUCCAUCGCUAUUAGUACUUAUUCUAUGUUGGGACACACAACAAAGCGUUCAUGGGAGGCCGAGAGGGUCAUGGAGUGGAUGCGUACUCAAGAGUGGGGCCUCAUGAUCCUGGAUGAGGUGCACACGAUCCCUGCCAAGAUGUUUCGUCGUGUCCUGACCAUUGUCCAGGCCCACUGUAAACUGGGACUCACAGCUACUUUAGUCAGAGAAGAUGACAAGAUUGUUGACCUCAACUUCCUGAUCGGACCUAAACUGUAUGAGGCCAACUGGAUGGAGUUGCAGAAUAAUGGGUAUAUUGCCAAAGUCCAGUGUGCAGAGGUGUGGUGUCCAAUGUCUCCAGAGUUUUACCGAGAAUAUGUCGCCAUCAAGACCAAAAAGCGGAUCCUUCUCUAUACAAUGAAUCCAAACAAGUUUCGAGCUUGUCAGUUUCUAAUUCGAUUCCACGAAAGACGCAAUGACAAGAUUAUUGUCUUUGCUGAUAAUGUGUUUGCUCUAAAGGAAUAUGCAAUCCGUCUCAACAAGCCUUUCAUCUAUGGUCCAACAUCUCAGGGGGAGAGAAUGCAGAUCCUUCAAAACUUUAAGCACAACCCAAAAAUUAACACAAUAUUUAUCUCCAAGGUUGGAGACACCUCAUUUGACCUUCCAGAGGCCAAUGUACUUAUUCAGAUCUCAUCUCACGGUGGAUCACGCAGGCAGGAAGCCCAGAGGCUUGGCAGAGUUCUGAGAGCCAAAAAAGGAAUGGUUGCUGAGGAAUACAAUGCCUACUUCUACUCACUGGUGUCUCAGGACACGCAAGAGAUGGCAUACUCCACAAAAAGACAGAGGUUCUUGGUUGACCAGGGCUACAGUUUUAAGGUAAUCACAAAGUUGGCCGGAAUGGAUGAAGAAGACCUGAUGUUUUCUACACGUGAGGAGCAGUACCAGCUCCUUCAGAAAGUCCUGGCAGCCUCAGAUCUGGAUGCAGAGGAGGAAGUUGUAGCUGGAGAGGUGGGCGGUCGGCCACAGAUUUCCAGACGGACAGGAACAAUGAGCUCCAUGUCAGGGGCAGACGACACUGUUUACAUGGAGUAUCAGAGCCGAGGCAAUAAAGCUGCUUUGUUGGCAAAAAACGUGCACCCGCUCUUUAAGCGCUUCAGAAAGCUUUAGAAAACACCAAGGACAUAUGUUGUCCUCACAGUUCACUUCUGGAAUUAACCUGGUGGACUUCAACUGAUUACACCUCUUGUGACUAUUAACAUUUGAAAAUGCAAAUGAGCAACCUGUUUAGACAAACAUUUUGGUUAAUGUAUGACACUUCUCAGUUGUUUUUGCUGGUUGUUUUUCAUUUCAGAUUUUAUUUUACAACACAGUGUAUAAUUGCUCUUAACUUUGACAAAUAAUGUAUGUAUGUAUGUAUGUAAUAUGUGGAUAUUUUUGUACAUCUUACAAAAGCAAAAUAAACCAACAGGAAAUUUGUUGGAAAA